AUGGCACAGUCUUUUGAAAGAGAAGAUAAAAGUAAUGGAACUAUUCAGUUCGUUUUGAAAGAGAGUACCAAGUACCAGAGAGGACAAUACGCCAUCCAGCUCAGCUAUUACAAGGGCAAAGUGUAUCUACAUCUUCAAGACAACAACAAUGGGCGACAGAUGAGUCUCCCCGAUGAGAUCUUCGACUGUCUCUACGAGCAGUAUUACACAAUACAUAAAGCUGUUGAAGAUGUGAGAAAAGAAAACCAAGGUCCUCCAAGUCCACAGUUGCUUGUGAUGACUCCAAGAAAACGAAAACGUGUUGUGGAUCUAGAUGGGGAUGAUGAAUUCUAG